AUGAGUAUUGGAGAGAGCGAAGAAGAUGAGAGAACUCAAUGGAUGUUGUUAGUAGCAGAGAAGGUUCAGGAGGAUCUUGUGUUGGCGUAUGAGCGAGCUAAGACCUCAAUGGAUGUGGAGAAUCAUAGUGUACAGUGGCGGAUCCAGAAGAAAAAUUUAUUGGGGGCAAAUGUAUACCAAACGCGUCAAGCUGGUCCUUUGGCAGAAUGUUUGCGGAAAAACAUGAAUAAGGUUUUCUAUGCAGACCUCCCAACUUCUUACAUACAACACAUCAAGUCUAAAGUUGUACCAAGUCAUGAAUUUUGUAUUGAGGAGGAAAAGGAAAGAUACAUUGUGAAGGUCGAGCUUAAUCUUGUUAGGCAUUUGGUUGUAGAUGUGUCAUGCAUUGAUAAGAAUCUUGACAUGAGACUGAUGCUCACUGCCAAAAGGAAAAUGACAACUCUCACCGAGAAAGAGAUAAGUAACAUCAAAGGGCUACUGGAUCCAGCGACUGUUGAUCCAAAUGUGAAAGGCGGUUUGAGGUGGAUUCUUCAAGUUUCAGGUUUAGACAUGUCUUAUAUUCCUCCACAUGAGCGAGAGGAUCCGAACACACCUUCCCCUGUUACCAAAUCCAAGAAGAACCUCAACUUUACGAGAACCGAUGAUGUACUCGACCGUACAGAUGAGCUUCCUCCAUCUGUUAAUCUUGUGCCCUUGUCCUCGGUUAAUCUUGUGCCUGUGUUCUUGGAUUCUCUCCAAAGCAGAAAUGGAGUAAAGCCUUCGAUAUUGAUGAACAACAAUGUCCAAAAAGUGAAUAUGAAUAUUGGAGAGAGCGAAGAAGAAGAGAGAACUCGGUGGCUUUCGUUAGUAGCAGAGAAGGUCGAGGAGGAUCUUUUGUUGGCUUAUGAACGAGCUAAGGCUGCUGCAAUGGAGGAUGAGGAGCAUCAUCAUGUAUUGAGAUUGGAUGCUAGGCGUAGAGCUAGUCCUGCGGUUGAAUUUUCACGUAAAAAUUCGAGUAAGAUGUUCUCUACUGAUGUCCCAACUUCUUACAUACAAUACAUUAAGUCUACGGUUGUACCAAGCCAUGGAUUCUGUAUUGAAGAGGAAAAGGAAAGAUACAUUGUGAAGGUAUCACAUUCUACUGGUGCCAAUGAAACCAUCAACUGUAAAUGUACCCUUAAUGAAGAUGGACGGCUCAGUAUGUACAAGGCAAGUCUCAUGUUCUUUGUCGAGCUUAAUCUUGUUAGGCAUUUGGUUGUCGAUGUGUCGUGCAUUGAUAAGAAUCUCGACAUGAGGCUGAUGCUUGCUGCCAAAAGGAAACAGAAAAAGACGGCUCUCACCGAGAAAGAGAUAAGUAACAUUAAAGGGCUACUAGAUUCAACGACGGUUGAUCCGAAUGUGAAAGGCGGUUUAAGGUGGCCGCCUGGUUCCGGACGUAAUUACAGAAUAUUUGAAGCUUGUCACGUUAAAUUUACAGUCUACAGAAGCCAAACUCUAAGGCUAAGGGUAAGAAAGACUGAUAGAUUCAAUGAGAGGAUUGGAAGAGGGGAAAUCAAGAGUGAGGUGGCUUUGAUGCUUAAAGACAUCAAUACUAAGUUACAGGAGCAGAACAUAGAGAAGGGUUGUGUUUUGGGAAUGCUUAAAGAUGCGUCCUGCAUUGCGAUGCUUACAUUAUGUAAUAAAGAACCAUAUGACUAA